AUGCUCUGCAAGUCUCUCCUCGUUGCUGCGUUGGGUGUUCUCGCUCAGGCAGGCCCCAUUUCCAGACGCGAUGCAGCGACGGUCUUGACGGACCUGAAGACAAUCUACACCGAUGUGUCGACCCUCAAUACCGACGUGACCGCCUGGACUGGCGACCUCUUGGCUGCCCUGGGCAUUCUGACCGACUACAACAACGUCAAGAGUGCCCUGGACACCGCUAUCACCGACACCGUGGCCGCCUCGACUUUCAGCACCGCGGACAGUGCGAGCAUCACGUCCGAGGUGUCCAAUCUGGCCGUGCUCAUCGUCGCGACCCUAAACGAGAUCAUUGCCAAGGAAUCCACCGCCGCGUCCGCCGGCGUCUCCUCCACCCUGCUCUCGUCGGUGGAGACCCUCAAGACCGAGACUGACCAGCUUGGAGCGGACUUGGAGGCCAAGGCCACCUCGACCGAUAAGACGACCAUCGCCUCGGCCAUUGCGUCGGUUGAUGCUGCCUUCGCCAGUGCGAUUGCUGCUUAUGAGUAA